GCAUGCAAAAUUACUUUAAGUUAUCUUGCGUAGUGCUUCUGUGUUUUAUUCCGCAGUGACCGCGUUCAGUUUUGCGUGUACGACUUAUUGCGAUAAAAGCGUAUCCCGCGUGCUUGAUGUUGUUACAGAGUUCGCACCUUAUACAAACGAUAGAAACGAAGGAAACCAACGUAAAUACGUGACAGCUGGUUGACAGAUGCCAACGAGAAGUUUCCCGCAACUUGCUGUAAUAAUAUGUACUCAAAAGCUGUGAAAGUUUCUUCCGAAACCAGAAUACAUUUUCGACAAACCUCUAUUUCUCUUUCCGAAGCAGCAAACAAACAAAUUACCGGUGGCAAAUCAAACAGAGAUUCCACAGGUGAUUUGAGAUGCUUUAUAUGCGACGGAAAAAUUACGGGAACUUGCUUCCCACUUGUCGUUGGCGUAACGCCAUACAGUAAAACAGACAUACCAACAAAAAUAGGCCAGUUAAUGGGAGAAGGUUUUAUGGUAGUUGUGUCUGAAGACGAUAAUUUAUGUAAGAGAUGUACGUCACUGUUGUAUCAACUUGACAGAUUAGAAGUGGAUUUGAAUUUAGUAAAAGAUGCAUUAACGAAUUACCUAAAACUGAAGUAUCAGUUAAAUGAAGAGGAUCAUGAAAUAGCAACUAACAGAGAUGACUCAAGUUUUCUACUUUACAAUGAGGAAGAGAAUGAAAAUGACAAAGCUAGUUGCAAGAAGUUGUGUGGCAAGGAAGGAGAGGUUGCAGUAGAUGAGGAAUUUAAGGAUGGAUGUGAGAAUAUUCCAGGAAUUUUAAGCAGCACAACAAAGAGUCCCAAAAAGAUAAAUGCUGAAAUAAUGCUGGAUGAAAGACUUGGUAAGAGGAGGAAGAAGAAAAGGAGAACUACAGAUGCAUUGGGUGUUUUAAAUGGCCAGUCAUCCUCCACAAAUAAGGAAUACAAAUGCAGUUUAUGUGAACUGAAAACUCCUGAUAUCUCUGUGUAUAAAGCCCAUUCUUGCAAUAAGUAUGAGGGCAUCAAAUGUGAAAAUGAUUUUAAGAGUUCUCAAGGAACCCAGAAACAAAUAAAAAAUAUUCAUUCAGCAGAGUGGCUGUGCCAUAUCUGUGACAUGAUUUUUGAAGAAGAAAACAUGCUUGCAUCACAUAUACAAACUAGCUCUCAUAAUGAUAUGGUACACCAUAAGCUGCAGAGUAGACAGCCUGGUAACAAGAAAACAAGUAUUUUCAUUUUUGGAGAAUACACCUGCAGCAUUUGCAACUUCAAAACAGGAAGCAUAGCGACUUACAGAGACCAUCAGCAGUUUCAUUUUCAAAACCCCUCAGAAUACGAGUCAUCAUGUAAAAGCUUUCUAAAGAGAGCACAUGGCCAAAAAUCGAAUUCAUACAAAACAGACGAUCAUUUUGUGGACAGUACAGAGAAAGGAAGUGAACAGAGAGUAAUCCAGGAAGAGCUCACCUGUAAUUUACAAAAUGGUAUCACAAAAGAUGGCUUUAAUAUUCUGAAGGCAGAAGACAAGGUGACUGUUGACACUAAUUAUAAAAUGACUGAAAAUCAGAAGUUAGCUACUGAGGACAGAAUUCCCAACACAGAACAUUACUUCUGCAGUUCUUGCUCUUUAGUGGUUCCCUCAGAUAGGUUACUACAGCACCAUAAAAAUGUACAUCAUACACUACCAUCAUUAAGGAAAGAGACAUUACUUACUACAGAAAUAACCAGUCAUAAUUUUUGUGAUUUACAGCAGAAAGGUUGCUUGGACAGUAAUAAGUCUUCCAACCAGUAUAUGAACAAUGAAAAUUUUAUGAACUUGUUUAAAAAAGUAAGCACUCAAUUUAUGCAAGUUCCUAAUAGAAAUAACAAUAACUUAAAUGGCACAGAGUUAGCCAUUGAAAAUGUAUCAAGAAGAGCGACUUCCAAUUCCACUACAUGUACAAAAAGUGACUGUGAUUCUAGCCAGCAUGCUGAUGGUGAAAUAGAUUAUACAGUUUCUGGUAAAAAUGAACAGCAGUCUGCUACAACUCAGAACUCAACAUUUGAAAACUCUACUGAAUCCUUAGUAACAACACAUAGGUCACAUUCAUCUGAAGCAACCCAAGUAAAUAACAGUAUUCCAUGUAAUUUUCCGAUUAAUAAAUUUAUGGAAAAUGCUAGGACUGACUCAGCUGUAAAACAAAAGGGAAAUUCUGAGAAAAAUGUUAGUUCUAAUUCAAGCCAUGAAUAUUUAUUAGGUGCACCAUACAGAAAUAUUCAGAAAAGUGAACUUGUGUCAGAAAAUGGAACUGAAAGUACAAAGCAGAAAGACUGUGAGAUGAAGGCAAAAGUUGAUAAUGAAACAUCUCUGUCAGAUAGCUGUGGAUCAAUAAGUUAUCCACCACAAACAAUGAAGGAAAUGAGGACACCUUUUCUUUUUCAUAUAACAAAACCAGGAACUGCACAGUGUGAAAUUUGUGGCAAAUUCUUUUCUAGCAACAGUAAAAUGUUGUACCAUAGAGAUAUAUGUUCAAAGAAUUUAAGCUGUAAGUUAUGCAAUAAGCAUUUUCUAAAUAUGAAUGAUCUACAUAAACAUAAUAGUGAAAAACAUCAAACACAUAAAAUGCAUCAUAAUUGUAUGCACUGUUCAGCAUCAUUUUUGACAAAGGAACUUUGUCUGACACAUGAAGAAAAUUGUGUAUUUGUGCCCUAUUGUGAUGAAUGUGGAGAAAAAUUUUCUGAAGUUGAUCAGCUGCGGUCUCACAAGGAUACAACUCAUAGAGAUCCUCACUGUCGCCAUUGCGGUAAGGAAAUACUUAAAUUAAAAACAUUACGAUAUCAUGAAUUGAGGCAUAUGAAAGAUACUGCAGAAAAGUUUGAAUGCAGUGAAUGUGAAAAAGUAUUUAAAACAAAAACUGGCCUGCGACAUCAUUUUGCGCUACAUACUGGCCAAUACAAAUUUUGCUGUGAUUAUUGUGGCAGAGGUUUCAUGUCAAGAAUGAUGAUGGAAGAACACAGAAGUAAGCAUACAAAGGAGGAACGUUACAUAUGUGAUGUCUGUGGUCGUAAGUUUUGUUUCCAGAGUACAUAUUGGAUUCAUCGAAAAUGGCAUGACAACCCAUUCCCAUACAAAUGUAAUUUUUGUGGUCGUAAAUUUCGACACUCUUCAUUGUUAGCAGUGCACAAACGUAAACAUACUGGAGAGCGACCCUACAAAUGCCCUCACUGUCCUCUUACUUUUCCUGUUGGAGGCACAUUGAAACGCCAUAUCAUUCUGCACACAGGAGUUUACCCAUAUAAUUGUGAAGUCUGUAAGCGUGGUUUUACAACUCGUCACAAAUUUGCUAUUCAUCUUUCUAAAAUUCAUGGUGACAGUAAAAUGCUAAAUGAAAAAUCACGACCAAAUGAGUUUAAAAUGGUCAUUAGAGAUAAUGAAACAGUGAAGAAGCAAGAUAAUGUGGAGCCAUCAGCUGAAUGGCAGAACCCUGACGAUUCUGAGCAAGUUGAUAUGAACUUUAGAUUAGGAAGUUCAGCAGGCGGUGUGGAUAAUUUUGACCACUUGGAGGGGGCAAUGUCAUGCUCCUUGGUUCCAGAUGAACUUUUAGUUGGAAAUGCUUUUGCAACCAGAGUCGUUGAAAUAGUUCUUGAUGACACUUCUCAAGCUGUUGCUGCAGUGACUGUUGCAGAUCCUGAAGCACAUAAUCUUCCUGAUCUGUGCAAAAUUAGAAGUUUAGAAGUUUUGCGGCACUGCACUGAAGUUCCAAUAGCUCCUUCAACAAACCAACUACAUGUUCAAUGUUUAACAUUUCAGAAACUGAACUACAUAGCCUUCUUCUCAAACCAGCAACUACAGUCUGGCUUGGUAGACAGUAAUUGUGGUCAGCAGAAACAGAUGUGGGUCCGACAGGCACUGAAAGAAUGUAGUUACAUCAUAAGAUUUCCAGGCGUGACCACUUGGCAACCAAACUCGGCCCACACUGAGAUGGGGGAAGGAAUUAAGUGGCAGGCUUCCAUUUGCUGUUGUGGGGUAUCGGUACCAGGCAUGUGGAGGCAGAAGUUGGGCUCUCUACUAACGCACAAAUGUGUGACACAAUAUCACAAAGACGAGUUCAGUUUGUUUGGAUAUGACAUUAUAAUGCUUUGCAUAACAGUCACAAACGAACAAAUUCUUAUUAAAUUUUCAUUAGAACAAGGAGCAACAGUUACAACAAAAUAUUCAGCAGGCAGUCAAAACAAUGUACAGAGUAAUCAGAUAGCAGUUCAGAAUAGCCAAGUGGCACUAAAAACUGAACUGCAACCUGAAUUACAAAUGAGCAAGAGUGAAUUGCAAAAUACCAAGACAACACUACAGAAUAAAAUGCUGGCUUCACAAACCAUACUUAACAGUGCAAUUCAGCAGAUGUCUAUGGCAAAACAAAGUCAAGGGCAGGAGGAACUAACUAACAUCAUUGCUGAGGUGCCAAAAACCAUAAGAGCUAUCUCACAUGGACAUUGUGACAUAAUUAACAUGCAAAUUACACAGCAGGACAGCCAACUGAACCCUACUGUUGUAUUGAAGGUUCAGUCUCUAGUAACCAAAGUGAGUUUAGGAAAACAAGCUGCCAACCAAGAAUACACUAAAGAUUUGGUAGAAAUGUGUAAACAGUUAGGCAAUGAGUUUUCAAAAUGGUUGUUAAUUUGUGAGAUACUUUCCAAGAUAAUCACUUGCUCAGCGCUGAUGGCAAACAUGAGAAUUAAUGAUAACCCAUAUCCUGAACUACAAUUUUUAAACCAGACGUGCAUGUACAGCCAGGAACGAUUUCGAACAUUAAAUUCUGCAAAGAAGGUGGUACAUCCUACUGUUUUUAUUGGAUCCUUUAAAGGCGCAUUGCCCACAAUAUGGACUGAAAGUCAGAAGGUAGGAUAUGUCAGUGGAUACACAAUGGGUAAUGGAGCUCUAUGGGGAGUGGGCACUACAGAACCUUGUGAUACAUAUGAACAACUGGAGAGCACUUUCAUAGCAAAGUAUUGGUCUGCUGUGGUGCAGGAUAGACUCGAUAAUCAGAAGAUGCUACAGCCAGAGGUAACAACACGAAUACCCAAAACAGUUGCACCAGGCACAACUAUGCAACUAAGGAUGCAUGUAACCAUCUCCAGCAACCAAAUAGCAGCACAAAUCAACAACAAGGUUCUUCUAACAGUAUGUUUAAUAAUGUGGAUCGCCCAUGAAAUGACAACUGGAGUAAAAAUACUAAUAAUUAUAAAAACAAGAGAGGAGAUAGACAAUAUAAUCCACACUACCAGCAAAAUUCUGUAUAUUCGCGCUGCCAAAUACAUGAAAACCAACCGAGUCCAAAUGGAACCUGUAAUGACUGAAGGAAUCGUUCUCCAAUUACUAUGGAUGUUACAAGCAAACAACAUACAAAACCCAACAAAGAUAGGUAAACUGAAUGUGACAAACUUUCGCUCCAAAAAGCUGGUCACAAGGAGAAUGAAUUAUUGCAAGGUGACCUCCCCUUCUAAUUUUAAACUAUGUUGUGUACCACAGGCAGCUAUCAGUGUCAACAUUGCAGGAUUCAAUGCUUUGGCAGUUUUAGACACUGGAGCAAGUGUCAAUGCUACCUCAACAGCUAUUUUAAAGAGAUUACAGGAACAAAUGAAUCUGUCAACUUUACUUGUGACCAGCUGCAAAAUACUAGCUGCUGUAGGAGGAUGCUCUCAUUAUCUAAAACUACAAACAAGGAUUAAAAUGGGCCUUGGUCAUGGGGCAAUUGAAUGCAUAUGCCUGAUAAUAGUAAACCUUGUUGUUCAUUUGAUUCUAGGGCAUGAGCUGCUGAGACAGGUGAAUGGAACAAUAGAUUUUACCUUUGGCAGACUUGUGUUAACGAAAGACGAAGGUCCUAGAACAGUCAAUUUAGUACAUAAGCAAGACCUACAUGGACACUGUUAUUGUGCCAAGGUAUUUGAUGAGAAGCCAGAUGUAACAAAGGGAUAUCUUUGUCACCUUAAUAUUACACCUCUAUCCAAACGUUUUCGCGAAAAUAAGCCUUUAAAGCAUUCAGUUUUUGCGAAAACCAAGCCUGGUGCAAUGUUAAAUGCAGUGGUGGAGAAUAUUACAACAGAAACAAGUCAACAGAACAAAGACGCUCACGUUGUGAUUAUUGGCGGCGGCAACGACGUAUACAAAAACAAAACCAAGACAGCCCUGCGAUGCUUCCAUAACAUAUUACCAAAACUAUUUCAAACGAACAUUGUCAUCACAAACGUACCAGUGCGACAUGAUUUACCACUGUGGUCGUGUGUAAACAAGGAGAUUCGACACUACAAUUCCGAGCUGAAGAAACUGUGUGGUAAAUUUAGCCAUGUACAUUUGAUAGACUUAAGUAAGAUGAGUCGUGAUGAACAUACAAAACACGGAUUCCACUUAAAUAGGAAAGGAAAGGCCAAGCUAGUUUCUCAUAUAAGCAAAUUGUGCGAGAAAGACAGUGUCAGUUCUGAAGAACCAGUGUACGCAAAUUGUUGUAAUAAGUGUAACUCAAACAAUUUUGAUUCGUGCAAGAUGGUAAAUAAACAAGAAGGCACAAUACCCUUACAGUUAAUGCACUUAAAUGUGCAAUAUCUCAGAAACAAACUAGACAAUAUUCAUAGAGGAACACUUGCCACAUGUACUACUUGUUUGCUGACUUGUGAAAGUUUCUUCUACACUUACAUAUACUCACACAAACUGAACUUUCCUUGCUUUCAUAAUUGCGAAAUCUUCUAUUAUCUGUCUAAUAAUUUUUUUAUAAUUUUUAAUUUAGAAAAUGGUUUUUCACCAGAUGCAACUGUAACUGGCAGAGUAAGAAAUAUUCUUGGCACUAUUGCUGUGUUGGGAAAAAACUGGAAGCGCUUGAUUGCUUCAAUUCUGCUAGAUCAUCUUGUAGCACUUAAAGCUUCUAGCUUAAGCUCUGGUAAAUGUUUGCAAAUGACUGACCACCUAAUUGUUGAUGAUGAUAAGGUUCUAAGCUGCAUCUCAUUCAUAGUGUUCUUUGCCACAUAUUAUUCGACUGUACUAAUGACUUCACAUUUUCACUGUGGGACUCCACUUGCUUCAUGUCUCUUCAGCAUCAGUGAUAAAUGCUGCCAAUCUGAAAAUCCAUUCAGAAAGAUCUCUGUAAUAGUAAGUGUCAACAAACUUUCUUCCCUCAUCAUUAAUAGGAUAAAUUCUUCGGCAGCAACAUCACCUGUGUCACUGCUUUCGUUGAGACCACCAGAGUUUCAAAUCCAGAUGUCGAGCACUUGGAAGAGGCAAGAGUUUCUUGACUGUCGUUUACAGAUUUGGUCAAAAAUUUCUUGGGGAAUACUGUACCCUUUCAAUGUGUCAGACAGUGUAAUAUGUGAAAGUAGCAACUUAUGUAUCAGUGACACAACAAAUGAAAUUUACAUAGUUUAUUUACCUAUGGGUCUAAAUGACGUUUUACAAGUGGCGUUACUAAUAAAGGCAAUAGGAAAGGAAAUUAGAACAAUGUGCAGCUUUGGGUAUCGUGCUAAUGGCUGGGAAGAAGUGAAUGGAGAGAGGAGUUUCGUCAGUCAAAUUCUCCCUCCGAGAAGUGACGAGGAUUCCCUGUACGGGAACCAGCAUCUGGAGGCCGACUCUGCCAGCUUCUACUUAUUAAUAUCUGCAUUGGGGAUGUUCCUUUAUAUGGAGGCAUUGAACGAAUCUGAUCCAAGCGAUCUGGCUGAAUUUGCUGCCCCUAGGCGUGCCACCCGCAUCCACUGCACGUUCUGCACGCCCGCUCCCAGCGGCCCUGCCUCGGAGCCAGCUCCGGACUAUGGGCACAAAAUGUUCAAAAUGUUUCCCUGUAGGUUAGGUCAACAGUCCAAAUGUCUCACAAAAUUUCAAGCAGUUUCAGCAACAGAUGUAGAAAAUAAUUCAUUGACUCUGAAGAAACAGGAGCUGGAAAUUUUUUUCCCAUCACUUUUCUUCCGGUCCUGUCGAAAUCUACAGACAUCACAGAAACAUACAUGCCCACGUGGGAACUCGAACCUUAGUAGUUGCGGGCUCGUGGCUCGUGACACCACACCAAGUCGUGUGGCUAUGGAGUGUUUCGGGUUACUGUGUGUUACUGUGAGUGGAGAAAUGGGAAGUGACAGUGAAUAUGAAAACACAAGCACGAAACUUUCGUACACGCCGGAGAAAAAACGUCUAAAAAGAGGUGAAAUCUCGAAGACAGAACGGCCUGUCCAUCGACAACAAAAAUUUCGUUAUGAGUGGCUACAUAUGCCAGGUUUACGUAAUUGGCUGGUGCGCAAUGGUGAUCCGCUCAGGGCAAAUAAGAAGCACCUAAACAUGGUGCAGUCUGCUACCGUGCGACAGCCUUCAGUUGCUCAAUUUAUCACAAACGCACAACCAGUUAAGAGGAAGGUUGCUAAAGCUGAAAUCAAAUUAUCAGCAUUCUUAGCAGAACAUAAUGUGGCAUUUUUAGCUGCUGACCAUUUAUCCAGUUUGUUAAAAGAUAUUUUUCCAGACUCGGAUAUUGCAAGGGCAAUGACUCUUAAACAGCACAAAGCACGUUCCAUUCUUUCUAAUGUUAUUGGGACGUCACACAAAGAAGUGUUGGCGAAAAAACUACAACAUGCCAAAUUUAGCAUAAUGAUGGACGAGUCCACUGAUAUCGGAACUGUGAAAAAUUUCUGCUUGGCGAUCCGCUUUUAUGACAAAGAUUCAGGUUGCAUUGAAACUUCUACUGCAGAAUAUCUCUACGAUGGUGUAGUAAAAACGUUUCAACAGCAUAACAUUCCAUUUGCCAAUAUUAUUGGCUUUGGAGCAGAUGGUUGCAAUACUAUGAUGGGAGUUCGUAAUUCUGUAGCAAGCAGAUUCCGAGAUAGCUGCUCGGGAAUUUUUGUAAUGAAACUUUAUUUUACGUCCGAUCCACACAAAUUACUACAUCCUUCACAGACACGUUGGCUGUCAAGGAUCGCGGUUGUUCGGACAGUGCUGGAAAACUGGGAUGCUCUAAUGCUGUUUUUUAACAAAAAAUGGCUUUCUGAGCGAGUUCUAAGUGCUGAACAAGUUUUUAACUGUUUACAUGACUCCUUUGCAAAAAUGUAUUCUCAUCAUCUGGAAGAUUCACAACUGUAUUUGGGUGUGAAAAUUCUGAAGAACGUUGGCACACCAGAGAUAAAGAAUCACCCACAUCUUAUCAAGGAUUUUUAUCAUCGAUGCAGGAACUUUCUUGUGACAGCUUUGUGCCAGAUCAAAUUACGGUAUGAUAUGGAAGAUAAAGUGCUGUCCAAACUAGUGGCACUAAAACUUACAAAUGCUCUGUCACAAAGUUUCCAGGAUACAACACCUUCACUCAUGCCUUUAAUGGAACUGUUGCCACGUAUAAUUCCUCCCUCAGAUCUCGAUUUAGCACAAACUACAGAUGACCAGUGGAGGCGUCUCCCUCUGGUUUUGGCUUGUCUCCCAGACUCACUACAAAAGGAACAAUCAUCGGAUAAAGUGUGGAAUAUAUUAAAUAACGAAUCUGAAGAAUUUAAGGAAUUGAGCGUUUUCGCUCUCUCAAUUUUGAGUUUACCUCAUUCAAAUGCAGACUGCGAAAGAGUUUUUUCUGAGGUAAACCUCAUGAAAACCAAAAUUAGGAACAGACUCCAAACCAGUACACUGAAUGGAGCACUUCUUGCCUCUGAUGCAUUAAAGGCCGACCAGGAAACAACGGAACAUGUAUAUAAAAAAAUUUCAAUACGUACGAGAAUUUUUACUAAAAUACGAGAAUUUCAUGAGGUUGGUACGAGAAUCGCGCUGUCUGGAUAUCACAACUCUGGGUCACACGCAGUUGAGGUCAGGUCAACUAGUGCAAACGUCAGAUCUCCUAUAGCAAAGGCCAGGUCGCCUGCAGAUGAGGCUGGGAUACCUACAGCAGAUGGCCACACGCUGGCAGCAGAGGACACCUUAUCUGCAGCGGCGGGGAAGACCUCUACAGAGGCGGAGGAAAUCUCAACGAGGGCGGUGCUCACCCAACUGGCAGCAGGAGACACUCCGUUGGCGAUAGCAGCAGUAGUGGCAUACCCUUUUCUGGCAACUGUUGACUCAGCCACACCAGUUACUACUGUGGAGAGCGAUACACUGCACCAAAAAAGACCUGCAAGAAGUAAAGGAAAGCAUCCCGAUUGUGUUUCUGCUCAAUUGGCGAUGGUGGAAGAAAAUGGUAACGUUGUUGGAAAACCAUCCACAGAAGUGCCAAGGAAAAGUAAAUGUUUCGUUUGCGAUGUGAUUAUUUCUGAUGGCGGUGUAUGGUUAAUGGAAUUACUGUCUGUCAACGCUAAUCUCCUGGAAAACAUUGGCAGUCUCAUGGGCGACGGUGCUUUUGUUAUUGUAUCAUGGAAUGACAUUGUGUGCAACGCAUGCUCUUUGUUGCUGAAGUAUUUUACAAAGUUAGAAAGAGAUCUUAUGAUUUUGAAAAAAGUUUUGCGCUAUUACCUUAAGGUUAAGUACCGCUUAGAAGACGAUGGAUUCGACACGAAUACUACGAUUAGCCGGCAAGAUAUUGACUAUAUUGCUGAAUGCUCAUCCCAGGUACUCAGUGCUUCAGAUACAGAAGGAUCACAACUGUCAUAUAGACCACAAAAACUGGAUCUGGCUUUGUCUCAGAAGAGCCACUGUGAUAAAACAGAGAUAGUGCCUCGGAAUAAAACAGCAAAGGUGUUGAACAGUGACACUGUGAGUGAUUUAAAUCGGAAAGAGACAAAUAUAUUUAAAAAGGAAAAACUGAAAACAUGUAAUGUGGCUGCACAAGAAAGGUGUCAUUUUGAAAAUUACCAUUCAACAUCAGAACAUUGCAAGAACAAUGAAGCCCACGAGAAGCAACUGGAGCGUACUGUAGAUGCAGAUGUUUGUGUCUUCACUACAGACAACAUGAGGUGUGCAUUAAAUGUGGAAGACCAUCAUAGUAAAAGACAAAAAUGCUUUAUAUCACACUCUUUGAGGAAUGGAAAUAAUGACACUAAAUUACCAGAUCAGCAUGAUGAAGCACAUAGUUUAUUAUUUAAGGAAGGAGCUUUAAAGCAUAAAUGUCCUCCAGGAAAAAAUGACAAUACAAUCUCAGUAGAAAAUUCAGAUGGAAAAAUAAAGAAUGUCAUAUCCAUAACUUUAAGCUCUGACAGUGAACAGGAAUUUGCAGAAGAUCAAUGCAUACAGUCCUCCACUAGAGAUCACAUGCCACAACUUCCAUUUAUGAAGUCUCCUGUGUACAGAAUGUUGAGAAAAAAUAGUAACUCAGUGACUACUCAAGAAAAUAAACAGGUUUUAGAGGAAAAAAAUAAAACUGACACAUUUGAAGAAAAUAAAAAAGUAAUUAACCAGACCAUUUUUUCUGAAGAUAUUAUUGUUCAUGAUAACACAAAGCCUGAGAAAUCAGGCCUUAAACCUUUAGCAAAAGAGACUGGGAAAAUUAUUUUAAAUAAGGGAUAUGUUGUGGCAAGUAACUCAAUUGCCAACAUAUGCACAAAAACACUGGAGAAUUUAAUUCAAAAAGAGUUACCCAAAUGUACUGAAAGCAGUGUCAGGAGUCCGCCUCACUCUGUAGUUAUAAACGGAGAGCAGUCUACACGCACAGAAGGUUUAGAUUCUUCAGAUCAAAUGCUUUAUUUGUCACAAAAGACAUUUAAGAGGCCUGAGAAGGGCACAUGUGGGUCACCAGGCUCUGAGAAUGUCCUGAAAAGUAUUGAAGAUAAUCAAAUGAUGCUUCAUAAUCCUCAGAAUGAAUGGGCUGGUGGCCUAGAAAUUGGCUUAGAUGACGAUAUGCCACACAUUGUUCUUGGAGAUGAAAUGGUUGUUGAUGGGUCAACAUGUGAAGAAAUUGCUUUUGAAGAAAUCCAGGAUACAUCUACACAUAAUAAUGAAAAAAAUUAUAGUAUUCAAAGAGAAAUUGCCGAGAGUAAUAUUUCGAAUAUUGAAAAUUUAAAUGCCCUUUGCUCUGGAGAUGCAGAAAUAGAUUUUAUAGAGUCAACUACUACUGAAGAAACUGCCAUUAGAACAGGCCAUGAAGAAAAUGCAAACAAAGCAUCACAGUUGGUUUCAGACACCAGUAGCAGUGGAAAUCAGAGCGCAGCUUCAGAAAAUAGUAGUAUUAAUAAUGAAAGAACUAUUUUGAGAUCUUGUGAUGUUAAAACUCGAGCAUCACUGCUUUUUCAAGAAAAUGUUAGUCACUUGCCAGCAUGUGAAAAACUUUUUGAGUGCCACAUAUGUAAUAGGAUUUUAACAACGCAAAGUAAUUUGAAACGACAUUUGUUAAAGCAUGAGAAGUGUACAGUAGGAUCAAUUAUCUGUGAACUUUGCAAUGAACAACUUGUUGAUAGGGUACAUUUGAAACAACAUUUAAAAGUCCAGCAUCAACAAUAUGUAAAAUGUGCAUUUUGUGAUAAAGAAUUUUCAAAUAUGAAAUUGUGUAGAGAUCAUGAACUGACUCAUCCUGAAAGGGCAACGUAUAAAUGUGACAUUUGUAAUCAAAUGUUUGUCACCGAGGGUCGGCUUAAAAACCACAAAGAAUUGAUUCACGAUGAUCUGUGUGACACCUUCAGAGAUAAUGAUUUUUUCAAGUGCCACAUAUGUUUUAAAACCCUGAGGACACAUCACAAUCUUAAGAGACAUCUUACAAAUCAUGAAAAACCUCCAGUAUCUGUGUCAUCUGUGUCAUGUAAUCUUUGUCAAGAAGUUUUCACAGAGAAAUCUAAAUUAUACCAGCACAGGGAAGAGAAACAUCCUAAGAAACACAACUGCACAUUUUGCAACAAAGAAUUUCUGAGCUUGAGAAGCUGCAGGAUACAUGAAUCAUUGCACCCAGAGCGAGUAGUUUACAAAUGUAAUAUAUGUGAAACUGUUUUCCUCACAGAAUUACGAUUGAAUAGACACAAAGAUAUAUAUCAUAGGGAACCAUACUGCCGGAUCUGUCGCAAGGAAAUAACUGAUCGUUCAAAACUUAUUGAACAUGAAAGACGACAUGGGCGCUUUAAACAAGUUUUUAUGUGCAAGGAAUGUCCUAAAGUAUUCAGGACAGCAUCAGGGUUGAAGUACCACAUGUCUGUUCAUACAGGAAAGUAUGCAGUGUAUUGUGAAAUAUGUGGUAAAGGUCUUCAUUCUGAAGUUGUAUUAGCAGAACAUAAAGCAACUCACACAAAAGAAGUGCGGUACACAUGUGAACUAUGUGGCCGAACCUUCUCCUCUAAUAGUACUUAUAGAAUGCACCGUCUCUGGCAUGAUAAUCCUUUGCCUUAUCAGUGUAAUUUCUGUGACAAAAAAUUUAAACAUACUUCUAUUUUGGCGGUGCACAAGAGACGGGUCCAUACUGGUGAACGCCCAUACAAAUGUAAGUACUGUAACAUGGCUUUCAGUGUCAGCAGCACGCUCAACAAGCACUUAAUUCUGCACACAAAACAGUAUCCAUUUAAAUGUGAACAGUGCAAUAAGGGAUUUACAACACGUACUAAAAUAGCGAAUCAUCUUGCAAAAGUCCACAAUGAUGAUAGCAUGUUAAUUGCUGGCAAGAAGGUUUGUGAGUAUAAGAUGGCAUUGAGACCUAGUGAAAUGGCUGAUGUAGAAUCUUUACAUGAAUUUCCAACAGAUGAAACAGAUGAAAUGGAUUUGUAGGAAAAACCUCAGUCAGUGAAAGUUGUGACCAAUUAUCAGAAUACAAAGUCGUAUUACAGUGGCCCACUGUGAAAUAUAUUUUCUCAUUGCUAUAGUGUAUAAACUAGGAGCUGAAGAAGAAAUAGAAAUAAAUACUGAUGAGUUAACUAAACUCUUAAGACUGUAUAGGGACAAAUUCUAUCAUUUGAGGAGAUGGAAAUUAAAAAUAACCAAACUUAGGUCCAUGUACAAAGUGUUACUUUGCAGAGAAAAUGGGAGGAAGUAUAGUGUUAUUGGUUUUUUUAAACAGUAAUAACUAUGCACAGAUAAAAUUGACUCUGAUUGUCCUGAGAAUCUCAUCUCUUAUUUUUAAAUGAGUGGUUCUGAAGUGCACAAUACUUAAACAUUCCACCAAUGUUUUGUAGUGAGACUAAAAGACUCUUGUGUGAUACAUUUGUGUGUGUGUGUGUGUGUGUGUGUGUGUGUGUGUGUGUGUUCGUUGUGCUUUUCCAGAAAAGUGCUUAUACAACAGAAUUGUGUAGUAUACUGUAAUAUUUCUCGAAGUUUGAAUAUUUUUGUGGGAAAAAGUUAUUUUUUGUGGACUUAUAAGACCUUGUUGAAA